GCGAUUUUUUUUUUUUUUUUUUUUUUAGGGGUGGGGGGGGAGGAAAGAAUCCAGUACCAUGCAGGCUUAGAGUUUUGAUUAUAUCCUCCUUUUAUAUUCCUGGAAAUCACAAACUGUCGUUGCUUAGCAUCUUAGCGCUUUCUUUUUUUGCUAAUAGAUUCCCGCGGUCUGGUUUGGUUGGCUUUUUUUUUUUUUUUUUUUUUUUCCUCCUCCUCGCCUUCCUCCUCCAUCCAAAUAUUCUUAUUUAAAUUAAGAUGAGCUCUUAUUUUGUCAACUCACUCUUCUCCAAAUACAAAACCGGGGACUCGUUGCGUCCCAAUUACUAUGACUGCGGGUUCGCUCAGGAUCUUGGGGGCAGACCCACGGUGGUGUACGGACCCAGCACGGGGGGCACCUUCCAGCAUCCGACCCAAAUCCAGGAGUUCUACCACGGAGCAUCCUCACUCUCCAGCUCCCCUUACCAACAGAAUCCCUGCGCCGUGGCGUGCCAUGGGGACCCCAGCAACUUCUAUGGCUACGACCCUUUGCAAAGGCAGAGCCUCUUCAGCGCCCAGGAGUCGGACUUGGUGCAGUACACGGACUGCAAGCUUGCUGCCAGCGGCCUUGGAGAGGAGGCGGAGAGCUCGGAGCAGAGCCCUUCUCCGACCCAGCUUUUCCCCUGGAUGCGACCGCAAGCAGCCGCUGGACGGAGGAGGGGGAGGCAAACCUACAGCCGCUACCAGACGCUGGAACUGGAGAAGGAAUUUCUAUUUAAUCCCUACCUGACCCGCAAACGGAGGAUCGAGGUCUCGCAUGCCCUGGGAUUGACAGAAAGGCAGGUCAAAAUCUGGUUCCAGAACAGGAGGAUGAAAUGGAAAAAGGAAAACAACAAAGACAAGUUUCCCAGCAGCAAAUGCGAGCAGGAAGAACUGGAAAAACAGAAAAUGGAAAGAGCCCAGGAGGUGGACGAGGAAGGGGAAGCACAGAAGGCGGACAAGAAAUAAAAGGAUUUUUGAGGACUGAAAGGCGAGCGCUGCUGGGG